GAGACGGCGCUUGUGUUGAGCGGGCCGACAGAAAGGGAGGGUAGGCGGCAGUUACAAAUGCUCCUCUUAGCUCUCUGACAGCCUCUGGGAGCACUCGAAGCGAGAGAGGUUGAGACGGAUGGAGCGAGGAAAAAAUCCUCCAAACACACAAGAGGGACUUGUUCAGCUGCGUAUCUGUAUCAUGUUGAACUGACCGGCGUCUUUUCCUUCUGGAAUACUCUAGAAAACAACCGCUUUACAUCAAGACUGUCCCACCAGGCAACUCUUGGGUGCUUCAAGAUGCCAACAUGAUCAGCUUUGAGCGGCCCCCUCCAUUAGCAGUGAUGCAUCCUGGGAGAGAACCUCCCUCUGUGGCCAUCAUGCCUCUGAGAAACACCCACCACCAACAACUGCAUCACAGGAGGAGAACCAAGAGGAUGGAGAGGGGGAAACCUGGCUUGCGCUCCAAGAAAUUGGCCGUACUGUCCCGAUCGCUCAUCAUCUGCAGCUCCAGCACCAACGAGGAGGCGUCCGGCCCGGAGGAGAGGAACCGAGAGGCAUGGGAUGAGGGGUACUACAGGGACCGGCCGGAGGGGUCGGUGGGAAACUCGGAAAAGUUCAUAGCGAGGAGCGUCAGCGUGCAGACCCCCGCUCAAGCGCUUCAGAGGGGUCAAGAGGGCCCUAAAAGAGCAAUGAGGAGGUCCUUCUCCAUUAAGCAGGACAGCAGUUUCUGGAGAAUGUGUGUUGCCACUCGGGAGGAGGGGCUACACGCGGGCGACAGCGACCUCCUGUCCAAUGACAAUGGCAGCACUGUUGGUGGAGAUUUGCACAGGGACACUUAUAUCUACUUUGGAGACAGACUCGCCCCAUUUAACGGACAGACCGUAAGCGAUCAACGCAAACAGGAGCCUGAUGUGGAGAAAGGCACUGUGUGUAGAACCACCAGUGCUGAUGAUUUCUUUCCAUGCGAAAGCAGAACUCUGUUCACAAAGGUCAAUGAAUCUGACAAGCUUGGCUACAGGUUUGACGAAAGGGAAACAUUAGGAAACAACAAUAAUGUAAAGAUGCCAGUAAUAAAGGUGUCGGAAGACAACAGCAAGAACUGUGAGGACCAGAGCGAUGAUCUGAACUGUCAAGAGACGUCCUGCAAGAGAUCUCGCUCCAACUCCACCAGCGUUCACCCGUACUGGAUCGGAGACUUGGACACCAUCAUUAUGAAGACGCCAGAGCUGUUCCCGUGUCACGCCCACACCACCGCAGGCUUUUACGGCAACAGAAAGUCUCUCUCUCAACAGCUGGAGUUCCCUCAUAGCAUUCCACAGGCUGUGGUCAGACCGUCUCUCUCUCUGAGUUCUGCACACUUGGUUCACUCCUGCAGCAGCAGCGUACAAGCCUUCAUCAUUUCUAACAUCGUCCUCAUGAAGGGCCAUGGCAAGGGUCUGGGCUUCAGUAUAGUAGGAGGCAGAGACAGCAUGUACGGACCGAUGGGGAUUUACGUGAAGACCAUCUUUCCCGGAGGGGCGGCAGCCGCUGAUGGAAGACUACAGGAAGGAGAUGAAAUCCUGGAACUGAACGGCGAAUCUCUGCAUGGUUUGACCCACGAAGAUGCCUUGCACAAGUUUAAACAAGUGAAGAAGGGUUUAUUAACUCUGGUGGUGAGGACCAGUCUGCGGGUGGGCGCUCUGCCGGGCAGUCACGGUCAGGUGUCUCAACUGUGUCGAUCCAGAUCGCUGAGCUCCAGUGCAGGUAUAAGCCGGACGAGCGCUGACCUGGGAGAAUAUAACUGCCUCGGUAACCCUUCAAAACCUCAGGACAGAGUCAUGAUGGAGAUCACGCUACAGAAGGAGUUUGGUGUAGGUUUAGGUAUUGGUCUGUGCUGCGUACCUUCAGCCAGUUGCUGUCCAGGAAUCUACAUUCAUACGCUGUCGCCGGGAUCAGUGGCUCACAUGGAUGGACGUUUAAGAUGUGGCGAUGAGAUCAUGGAGAUUAAUGACACGGUGGUUUGUAGCAUGUCACUGAAUGACGUCUACACGGUUCUGAGUCAGUGCAGUCCGGGUCCGGUUCGGAUCAUCAUCAGUCGACAUCCCGACCCGAAAGUUUCUGAACAGCAGUUAAACGAAGCCAUCGCUCAGGCAGUGGAGCACAGCAAACUCAAGAGAGACAGGAGUCAGUGGAGUAUGGACGGAUGUAACAGCAGUCUGAGGAGAUCAGACGGCUGUUCUCACAGCAGACAGAACCGGAGCUCGAGUCAGUUGACCUGCAGACGAGCGCAGAAGCCCAUGAUCCGCUCCUGCAGCGAAGGAGCUUACAGUCAUCGCUGUAUCCCAGAGAGCGUCAGCACUCAGUCCUUCCUACAGCCGGAUCACGUCACCAGAGUGCACAGCAUGGACGUCUCCUUAACCACCAACAGCGACACAUCCCUCACUAACAGACUGUCUCCAUCCUCGUACACGGACGACGAUUAUAACAUUCCCUAUAAAAGUCCGGUGAAUUUCACUCAGCAGCAGCCGGUAGAUGUGGCUGCAGGUGUGGGACCAGCCACCCGGCAACAGAGACGCUGCAGACGACAAGACCUUAGCGGACGGGAAACACUGACGGAUUCCAGUGACUCCAGUCAAGGUUCACCAGUCAGAGAGAAAGAUCUACUGGCAUCUCAAAGCAACUGUCAGUUUUUCUGCAGUCUGUACAGGGCUUUGAGAAAGAUCUCAAGGCUUCUGUUUAAGAGUGAAGUGGUUGAACGCUCAGAAGUCGGAACUAAAGUUUCGGUCUGUGUCUCUGAGCCUAAACCUGCCGUGGCAAGUGAGACAACACACAGAAAAGGCAGAGAACACAGAGGUUCCGAUUCCUCUUCCCCCGUGUGCAGUCCGAGCAAACGGGUCGGCCUGAGACGCCAGGCUCGUGUGGAGGUCACUACAGAUCUACAACUUGACCCUUGGGUAAAGCUGACAGACAGCCCAGAGAACCAGUCGUACUGUUUCAAAACCAUGAGUGACCAUAAUGGGGAUAAUGAAGUUAACGGCACAACUUCGGAAACCACAAACGUCGCCUCGGACUCGCAUUCCGAACAGUCACCCAGUCUUAAAAAAGGUCCCCCGGUGGCUCCGAAGUCUGCAUUGGUACGUCAAAGCUUAAAACACAUUAAAGCUGGAAGACCAGUAAGAGAGCCUUUGAAACCGGACAGCAGGAACCAGGACACUGGCAGAACCUUCGGUUUGAGAGCUGCUUCAUCGGGAGCCAAUUUGUCCAUCAGGCAGAAGAUCAGCUCAUUUGAGACCUUCUCAAGCGCAGAGGCCGCAGAAAGGCCAAGCAGGCGACUUGCCCCAACAACGUCCCUUCCUCUAAUAGAGAAGACUGCUAAAACACAGACUGUAGACCACAGCCAUGCAGGUCCUGUGAUAUGCAAUUUAGAAAUCAACGAUAACUACCAGUCUCUACCGAUAAUUCCAACUUCCACACAGCCACCAGCGGAAGAAAAAACAUCAGCUUCCCCCAGUUCGAAUAUCGCUUCAGACCCCCAUUCUGUAGAGGAAGAUAAGAAUUCAACUUCUCUUGGUUCAAGUAUCAUUUCAGAGCCCUGCGAGCCAAUCCCUGUCGAGGAAACCACUCGUGACUCCGUGAAUAUCCCGAAAGAGCUUCCACCUGUCGCUGAGACCGAGCAAGAAUCUAUACCUUCCCCAGAACCUUCAACCCACGUCCCACGGAGAUCAAGCAGCUCAAAAGAGGCCACUGCAGAAAAGCCAUCUGAAGGUGCUGGAAGUCACGGCGUGAGUUUGAGAACUAGGAGUCUGCCCCUUGGUUCCUCUGAAGCCCCCAAUCUUGGCUUGGAAGGGGAGAGUCUGGGGAUCAUCCUGUCUUUUAGCAACCAGGUGUCCAGUGCUCUGAUGCGGUCCAUGCAGUCUCUCCCUCAGUCCCCUUGUGUAAGAUUUGGAAACCCUUGGAGUGCCCCACCAGGUUCCUCUCUGCAUAAUCCCAUAGAACAGGACUCGUCAAGUGAAAAGCCCACACCUUCCCAGACCCUUGAGAACAACGAAAGGGGUUUCUCCGUUAGCCUGGCCGAACUGAGAGAACGCACUAUUGAGAGAGGGGCAGAGUGUGAGAAGGAAGAUGAGACCCCCGAAAGACCCCUCACUUCAGCCUCGGCAGUCUGCGCCCAAUCCAUGAUCUCAGCCCUUCCGCCAGAGGAGAUCCAGGAGAUGAUUCAGGAAGUCAAGGAUCUGGAUGAAGACACGCUAAGGCAACUGGAAGACAUCCAUGUUGUGAUUCUGCAUAAAGAAGAAGGAGCUGGCUUGGGUUUCAGCAUCGCUGGGGGUAUCGAUCUAGAGAACAAGGCAACUACGGUCCACAGGGUUUUCCCCAAUGGUCUGGCCGCUCAGGAGGGCACCAUAGAGCGAGGCGAUGAGGUUUUGUCCAUCAACGGGCAAACGCUCAAAAACAUCAUGCACGGCGAUGCCACGGCCAUACUCAGGCAAGCUCGCAGCAUGAAGCUGGCGGUGGUGGUGGUGUGCAAAAAUAAAGACGCGGAAGGGAAAGGAGGCGCUAACGCUAAUGAGUUUAGCUUAAGCAGUGGGGCAGAAAGCAGCUUCACAGGAGAUGAUGGAGGUGAAGCUGUCACUCUGGAGCUGGAGAAGAACGCAGGUGGUAUUGGAUUUAGUCUUGAGGGUGGAAAAGGCUCCAUUUCGGGAGACAGACCACUGACUGUCAACAGAGUAUUUACAGGGAGUGAUGCUGAGCAAAAGGGUCUGACGUCUGGUGAUGAGGUUCUGCAGAUUCAGGAUUCGUCUCUGCAGGGACUAACACGAUUCGAAGCCUGGACGUUCAUCAAGGGUCUCAGCGAAGGGCCGUUUAAACUCAUCAUUAAGAAAAAAAGAUGUGAGGAGAGCUAACCGUGCUGUUUAAUGUGGAAUCCGUCAAUGCAAACCACACCAUUUAAAGCCUUAUGGAAAAUGACUUGCUCAAACGUUAAUCCAGUACCUCAGAGAUGACGUAUUUUUGUGGGCUAACUCGGAAUCAAGCGAAUGCAAGUCAGUGGGUGCUAGGGAUGUAACGAUUCACCGUGAGCCGGUUGAAAAUCGGUUAUAAUGAGUGACGAUUCAAAUCGGUUGAGGUGUGAACUGAAUCGCAAUACAUUUUUUGAACAGCAGGGGCCGCUAUUUUCACUGCAAAUCUAAACGUGGACAUGCUGAUAUUUCUUAAAUGCAAAAAAAUCCAAGAAAAGCUCAGACAGUAUUAGUUUGUUUAUAUUAAAGAGACUUUUUCUAUUAUUAAUUUGUUAUAAAAUUGCAGUUUAUUUUUGUUAUUUGAAAUAAAACAUUAUUUUAUUAUACAAAGAAACGUGAAGCAUUUAAGAAAUAAUGCAAGGGAAGUUGUUCAUUUCUAAUUUGUUUCAACUCAUUUUGUAAAAAUAAAUCGUGAAUAAAUCGCAUCGUGAGAUCAGAAUCGUGACUCGCAUCGCAUCGUGAGCUGAGUGAAUCGUUACAUCCCUAGUGGGUGCUGGUUCCCUCGACCGAAAGCCUAUACAUUCCCACAGACUUUUGGAAGAUCGCAACAAAUAAGCUCCGUGAUUAACAAAGGUUUAUGAUGUUUACACAUGUUGUCUAUCAAGAUAAUCUUUACAAAUCAACACCACAUUUGUUACUUUUAAAGGGGAAAUACAAUCGGCAGAAGUAAAAAGCUAACUCGAUGCUAUAAACAGACUGCACUUAAGGUCGCACGAUAUCAACGUCACCACCACCAAACCUCCACAACUCUUUCAAACUUGAUUAAAAAUGUGUUCCCUGGUAAAUAAUUACUCCGUGAAUGAAUCCGCAUCUAUGUUUUAAGAGAUUUGUGUCCAUUAUUUGUGAGCUUUAUGACAUCCAACGUCCCCGCCAAAGGAGGUAGUCGCUUUAGCAACUUGUUAGCAACCGCUGUUUUUAAGACACAAUAAGGCUUUAAAAAAUCACAAGCGGGUUACAAUUGGUGUGUUUAAUGUCAUAGAAUAAAACGUGAAAAUAUAUUUUGAGGUUUUGUUAACCAAUUCAACACCCCCAAAAAACCCCAUUCAAAAAACCACUAGACUUUGGAGCGAUGGAACCGGACGUCCGAAAAUGCUAACUCGCUUUCGGGGUUUGCGUACAAAAAUACGUCAUCUCUGAGCCUCCCAAUACAGAAUGUAUAUUCAAAUCUUUACUUAAAGAAACGGUUCACCCCAAAAUAAAAGUUUUGUUAUCAUUUACUCACUCCCAUGUUGUUGUUAACAUGUUAUUUUUGAAGAACAGCUUGGACACUUAUAUAAUAAACAUAUACGUAUUAUAAAUAUAAAGAUAGUUGAAUUAUUUUUUUAGCGUAAUACCAAACAAGUGUCCAACAACUGCCGAACGGUCUUAUUUGUAUGUAGGAUAUUCUUCCAAAAUUGAUGUGUUGUAUGUAAAAAACGUACAGUUGUCUUAGGAUCUGUUUUUGUUCGACUCCUGUCAGUGUGUGAUAUUCUACUAUGUGUUCAGGAAAAUUUGCUUGAGUUGUUUGAUGGCACAUCAGUUGUGCUGGUAUUGUACUGUUUCACAUGAUCAGGGAUUGAAAAACACGAUUCUUGUCAAGUCGGCCUGUUUCGAAGCUAAGAUUUGCACAACCCUGUAAAUAAAUAUUUCAGUUCUAGUUGUAUGGCAUUUUACCAAAGCGGAAUGUGAAGAACACACAUUGCCUUGCUCGUGUUCGCCACAAAACCUUCUCAAGAGACAAAUACUUUAUACAGUAUUAAUUCAAAUAUUUCCAGAUGAUCUUUACUUUUUGCCUUUUUUUUAACGCUUCUCGUAGAAAUGCAGCAUUUUAAUGUAUCCUCAAAGAAUUUAUUUUAUUCCUUUUCAUCACAGGUUUUAAUAAAAAAAAGAUCUAACACCAAUAUUCACCUCUUACAGUUCAGUAAACAACUACUGUGCCAAACAUUGCUAGUAUUCUGCUAUUGUUCAUUUUGAUUUUCAUGCAGUGGACUUGGACUCUGGUGGGCACUCAUGACCCGUGAAUGGAAAAUUACAUUCUCCAGAAAGGCCUUUAUGUGCGAAAGGGACUAUUAUCUGCUUCCCUAUAAAAGAAGUCUUAAUAUAUUGAAAUUGUGUGGGAACAAAAACAUUGUAGUUACAUUUUACGGAUUUGUAACGUUUCAAUAAACUUUGGUGGCAAAACAUU